UUUAAUAUUUAUUUCAGUAUUAGUUUAGUAAUAAAAAUGUAUUUAGCUAGAUUACAUUUGUUUAUUAAUUUAAUUAAAUAACAACAUAGUAAAAUUAAGUUUUGUUUUGUAGAUGCUAGGGAUAACUGAUUCUGUUGAUGUGGACAUUACAAUGGAUUCAUUUGAAAUUACUCAAAGUCAGUCGUGUGAUUGUGAGCCUUCUCCUCCCAUUCCACGUCAUGGAUCAAAAACAAAUUUUUUUACUCCAGGAAUGCAAGAGACUGCGCUCUCUAGUCCCGCACGGGCAAAUCACGUUUUUCAGCAAGGUAAGCCGUGGUCUCCUUAUGGUAGCGCUGGCCCUCCGACGCCGAGAGCUCCCCGUGCCAUAUUAAGUGUGGAGGAUCGAGCGGUACAGUCGGCAUUACCUAGGACUCCCGAAAAUAGCCAGCCCAUUUGGCCAAAUAUUAAUAGUCCUCGUCUGCCUCGUACUCCUCCGAGAAGUUUGACCAGUCCAACUGUUAGCAGCAGUGCUAUCAUGGGUGUUUCUUAUAAUCAGUACUCGCCGGGAAGAAGAUCGAGUCCGGGAUCGCCAACGGCAGUUACUCCCGGGCAGUCUCCAGCGACAAGCAAACGCCACAAUAAUUCUGGUCUAGGAGGACUGUCGAGCAUUGGAAGAACAUAUGGUGGUCCAAUGCCAUAUUACACUCACAUAGGAAUGAGAGGUAGAACUAAUUCUCGAAGCAUGAGUCCUAAUCGUAAGUUUGCUUCAGAAAGUGAACUUGUCAGAGCAGCUGCAGACAAAGCAAAUGGGAAUUAUGAUUCUAGAGUGAUUGCAAAUCAGACUGCAGAUAAUAUUCAAGAAUUAGCAAACCGGACCGGAAUAUCCUGUCAUUGGGCAGAUCAUUCUUCUGGCAGUAGUCAUCACAGGGUUCGUCGCAAUUCACGUAGUGAACAGCACGGUUCUGGUUCUCACACGCCACCAUCUCAUUCUCUAGGAUAUCAUGCCAUCCACGGUCUGCCACCGGCAGGCAUUCACGGAGGACCUUACGGCCGCCGUCACAGUGGCAGUGCCUCUCCACAGUCCAAACGUAACAUGGUGGGACAUGCGACUCCACCAUUGGAUAUGUCACCCGCGGGUUCUCGUCCUCAUGCAAAAAGGCCAAUGUCUUUUGUAAAAGCCUUAGAAAUGUCAGACUCUAUGGAGAAGGCUGCGGCGGGAGCAGGAACUCCCAAAAUCGAACAUCGUCAGUCAAAAUCAUCAAACCCUCCUUCGUCAACCAUACAAGAAUUACAAGACGGCAAUGCCGACAGAAGGAGUUUAUACGAAAUGAAUUACGAAAUCUCAGUUUAGUGAAAUUUAUUAUAGUUCAUUGGAUCCACUAGAUGAAUUUUUACCUCAAGUGCCAGCAGUUUUAUGAAUAGAAUUAUUAUAUGAAAAUAUCUCCAGAUGUUUUACUUGAGGAGAAACAUUGCCACAGCAAGAAAAGAAAAAAAUUAUCACUCAACAGUAGGACUGGAGUGAAAAAUAAAUUACUAGGAUUUUAAAUGGAAUUUACACUUAGCAUUCAAAAUCAUAAAGAGACUAAAACUUUGUAACUUAAAUCAUAGAUAUGAUUAUCUUUGUUUGAUUUUGCAAACAAGUAUCAUAAUAAAACUCACCAAAUAUUUUGCAAUAUUUAACAAGUUAAUUUAUGAUAUCUAACUUCUUCCAUUUUCUUACCUCAAUUUUUUUAUGCUAGUUUCACAAAGUUAAUGUUUUCCAUUGAUUUUUUUUCCUCUACCAAUACAAAUGCAAAAAUUUCUUACUUAAAAUGCAGCAUUGAGGAGAGAUGUUAAAAGAAAUGUGUGUGUUUGUAUACAGUCAACUUGACCAUUCUCAUCACUAUAAAUAUGUUCUGUUUCAAAUUUUUACCUUGUUAAAAUUCUAUUUAUUAAUUGUAUUAUCAUCAUUGUUGUUAUUAUUUUGAUCCUGUGCUUAGUUGAAUUAAGCCGAAAGUCAUUAAAUUGACGCAGUUACAAAUUUCAGGUUAUGUAAAUAUAUUGAAACAUUGUUGAUCAUCCGAUCAUAAAUUUGUUACAUGUAGUAGUUAAGUCUCAGCAGAGUAUUUGAUGGGAUCAUAAUGAUUUUGAAUGUCUGAUGUGUGUUACUGUAAAAGUGGCAAGAAUAAACUAAAUUUUCAUAAUUUUCAUGAAAAGUUUUUUUAUAGACAUUACAAAAUUUGUAUAUUCUGUAUGCAAUUAUGACAGAAUGUUGCACAACAGUAUAAUCCAAAGGUUUUUGCAUAAUUAUUGACUUAAAACAUUUGUUUCUAUUCAGAGGCUAAAUUUCAUGAGAAAUUUCAUUUAUCUGUUUGACAAAACAUAAAAAAUUGGGAAGUUAUAAGGUAAAUGUAGAAUUAAUACAACUUUUAAUGGGAGUGUUAAUAGUUAUAUUAAAUCUAUGAUUACUAUAUUAAAAGUUUCUUGCCUUAUUAUUUAAUUAUGAGGAAUUUUUUCCAACCUCCACUAACGCAUGAAAAAAAAAAAUUGGAAGUAUGUGGGGCAGGGUCAGGGUGCACACCUAGUGAGUAGUAUAUUCCCACCACUUAGCAUUGUGCCAAGCUAUUUUAAACAUUUGCUACCUGCAGUAAACAAGCAAACACGAUGCCGCCAAUCCAGUCUCCCGCUAACUGUGAAGUACAAGCAGUAAUUUGAUUUCUACAGUUUGAAGGGCCGAAUGGAGGUGAAAUUCAUCAAAGCAUGUGUAAUGUGUAUGGUGAGAACCAUGAGCUACAGAUGUAUGCAGGAAAUUCAAACAAGGACGUGACAACAUUUACGACGAGGGUGGUCAAGGGAGGAAGUGUGUGAUGACCAAUAAUUUGGUGGACAAAGUGGAUCAGUUGGUGCGAGACAGGCAUCAUUUCACAAUUUCUGAGCUCAGUGAGGAGUUUCCUCAAAUUUCAACAUCCACACUGUAUAUCGCUGACUGACAGUAUUAAAAGUUAGCCGAAUAGCUUGGUGGCAAUGUUCUUCAACAUGGGUAUACAAAAGCUGGUGUCACGGUAUGAUGUCUGCCCGAAUCGACAAGCCAAUUAUGUGGAAAAUAGGUGACGACUGUAACUACCUUCUACAAAUAAAGUGGUUUUGUUCUUCAUUCGGGUUUUCUUAUUCUGGGUCAGUGGAGGUUGAAAAAACCCUCGUACAAAAAGUACUUAGUUACUUAAGACUAAUGAACAGGCUUAACUAAAUUAGUUCAGUAAAAAAAACCUUAUGAAUAGACCUUGUGUCAUAAGAAUAGAAAAUUACCACAGUAUAAAGAAGACACAAUGACUAUUCACAAGGUUUUUACUGGACUUGUUUAGUAUUCUUAGGUUACUGUCCUAGUGAUAAUUUAGAAUUCCUAUUAAGAUGUGUGUAAUAAUUUGUAACAGUUGUACUUAUAUUGUAUUGUUGGCAAUUGUCACCAUAGACUGUUUUUUGUAUGUCAUCUAAUUGAUAAGGGCCCGUAAGGCCAAAAUGCAUUUUGGAUAAAUUAAUAAGUUGGCUGGGUGUGUAAUAAGCUUGUUCAUUAGUCAUAAGUAACUAAGUAGUUAGUGUAACUAUGAUUAAUACAUUAUACACACAUACAGUAAUAGUAGUGCAUUUGAAAAAGUGAAUUAAUCAAAAUCAACUUCAGAAUACUAAUUUCAGAAAUUAUGAAGUUUUUAUGUAGUAACGAUUGCCAGCAAAGUUUU